UGACAUACAGAAUAAAUGGUUAUAAUGUGAAAGAGGCGGAUAAAAGAGCACAAAAACAUGAAUGCAUGCAAAAUCUGUUGCAACUGUGUGACAGUUCAUCUCACAAGGAAAUUACAUCACAUGUUGAGUGUAAGGUUGCCUCGUCCCUCCAUAUUAAAUAGCAAAGACAACACAGAACAAAAGCAGUGGAGUCUAUGAGCCAGCAUGCUGAUAGACUUCCCCCGUUCCCCACGCUGGUCUCUACUCUGCAUGCAGACAAAUUCUUUGUGGAUAUUUGGAUUUCCUCACCAUAGCAACAGAGCUGCAAAACCGUGCUGUACAACCUCUCAUCAGACACAGUCGUGCCUAGGCAUCGCACAAUGCGCGGGAGCCAGACGAAAGGGAGAUAAGAAGAGGAAAAAGAGAGUGGGGAAGAGGACACUGCUGCCUCGCACCUAAUUUUCUGUGGGAAUUCUCCUCAUUAGGACUAUGACAGCUCAGUUACAACGGCUCCGAAGUGCCAAGGGUCAUGUUCACAGCCAACGCUCGAGCAAUCAUUCCUGUGCUCAGCUGAGGGACAAAUGGAGGGAUGCAACAAUUUCACUCUUUGCUCACCAUGACAGAGCCUCUCUUUGCUGAAUCCUUUUGUGUCAGACCGCCAGGCUUCGAUCAAGCGCAGGUUAAUUGCAAGAGAGCGGCUGGAAUAGCCCCCCUCCACUUCUACGCUGCCAAUGUGUUCAUGCCUCUGAUUUUCCACACAUUCUGCUCUCUGGUCUCUGUUUACCUCUGUCUGCUGCUUUCUCCACCCCUUUCCCUCAGUCUCUCAUGCUUUUGCGCUCCCUCCCACAGCUCGAUAUCUCUCCUCCCCUCGUGCCUUCAAAGCCAGCAGUCUGCUCAUCACUCCAGGGCUGCUUGCUACAUGAUCUCUCGGAAAACAGCGUGUACAUCUUGCUCGAGCUGCUCCAUGUGCAAGACUUAAGAUUUCUUGCCCAGGACGGUAGGAUGCUCCUGCGCUGCACUGAUUCUCUGCUCGGUUUAACCUUCCCCUCCCCUUUCCUAAUCUCCUGCCCUCUGACCCUCAUCCCUCUACCCCUGACCCUAUUCCCUCUCUUUUCCCCCUCUUUCUUGACCAUGUUGCCAUGUGUCUACCGGGUUCAGCCUGUCCUUGCCUUGCUCUUUUUCAAUUUGUUCACUCAAGGGGAAAACUGUCCAGCAACCUGUCUUUGCCCAGACCCUCACACUGUGGACUGUAGUGGGCGCGGACUUACCCGUCUUCCAGACGAGAUCCCCUUGGAUGUGCGGAGGCUGCUGUUGGCAAACAACUGGAUCCCACAGAUUCCUUCGGAUUUCCUUCUGCUCUAUAGCGACCUGGUCUACCUGGACCUCCGUAACAACUCACUCUCGUACAUCGAGCCAGGCACACUUAGCACGUCCUCCAGACUGGUUUUCCUGGACCUUGGUUGCAAUAACCUGACCGAGAUCCCCAAAGGGACUUUUGGGGAGUCGAGGAGCUUAAUUAAGUUGCGCUUGGGCAACAACCCGCAUUUGAGCACGGUCGACGAAGAUGCUUUCAUGGGUCUUACCUCCUUGCGUGAACUAGAACUAGAACGCAAUGCCCUGUCCGGGUUACAGGUGGGUGCCCUCAGCCAGCUUCCCUCUCUCAGGAUGGUAACGUUAGAGGGCAACCCUUGGGAGUGCAACUGCAACUUUGCCAACCUGUUCACCUGGCUGGUGGAAAACAGUAACAAGCUUCCCAAUGGUAUAGACGGUAUGGAGUGUUCCCUGCCCACCGACGGACGCCGCGUGCCUCUCAGCCAGCUCUCCCAGGACAGUUUUCAGGAGUGCCAGAUCACCCUCAACCUCAUUGAUUUCCUCAUCAUCAUCUUCUCUGGCAUCUCUGUCUUAGUGGGCGCCAUCAUGGCUAGCUUCUUCCUGGCAUCCACUGUCCACUGUUUUCAGCGCUGGAGCAAAGGCAGUAAAGGAGACGAGGAGGAGAGUGAAGACUGAGGAGGGGAUUUAGAGCUUAACGACCUUCAAUCUGAUUCAGAGCUGCCAGUUCCUGACAGAGUUCAAACAAACAGCGUGACUGAACAGACACCAGAACUUGAGCAGAAAUAACCUGAUUGAUAGUGUCAGCACUAGUAGGGAUGCAGUACCCUCAAAAUCAAAGGACAUUUGGUAUGAAAGCAAGCCUUAGUAUGCAAACUUCCGGGGAUUUACUUGUUAAAGGAAAUUCUUUGAGAUCUUGUCCUGCAGUAGAGUUUCAGUGUUGUUGAAUACACUGUCCGUAGAGUUUCCCUUCAUGUAGUCAAUAUAAAGUUAGCAAAAUACAACCGUGCUACUUGUUGACUGUGCCAAAUUAGCACAGGUAGACAGCAAGCAGAUUCAGACAAGCACUAAUGAUCGAUGGUGAGGAAUUAUCAUAAUAGAAAGUCAUGCAAGGUAAUGUUGCAGCUUUAUACAGCGAAGUAUACAUGCUAGAAGCCAUUUUCCUUCAAGUUUGAAAGAUGGGAAAAAAUAACUUAGACCUUAGAGAGAUUUCAGAAAGCAUUACCUGUAAUUGGAAGUAUAGGGCUUAAUGUGAAUAGUUGUGUCAUAUACCGCACUUUAAAAUUAUCCUACCUGACAUCGGCCCUCAAACCACCAGGUACACUGGUUCAGCCCAGAUCUGCCAAAGAAUGCUUUGGUUGAGGGACUGAGGUUAAUAUGUUUUGAAAUAUAGAUUUAUUUUUCUUUAAAGAAAGUUUGUGAUCUUAGCAAGAUUGCAUUUAUUUAGCUUAAUUAUGGUACUACUCACAUAUAAUGAUAUAUAAUAUCCUUAAAGUGACUAAAGACAACAUAUGAAAUGGAGAUAAGUUAAUUCUACAAAUGUCAUUGUAUUAUUCAGUUAUUUAUGUCUUAAAAGUAAAUUUGAAAAGGCAUACAGUGGGCCCAAAACAUAGAUGGGCAUUUAAUUCAGGCACUGCAAUAUGUAGCAAAAUACUGAACCAAGCAAAAUAUGUCUGUUUGGUGAAAAAAAAAAAAAUUAAAUUGAAUUAAAUAUAUACACAAUAAAAAAAAAUGGUAAAAUGCAAUUGCAAUUAAGUCCCAGAAAAAUUACAUUUGGAAUGACAAAAGGUUCUGCAUUCUUCAUUUGCUGAUGUCACAUAUUUUGUUUUCUAACAAAAUGAUGUUCACAGUAUGUUUUGAGGCCACUGUACAUUCACGUGUCUACAGAUUGCUGUCUAGUUUUAACUAAUAAUAAUACAGUGCGUAACUAACUUCUGGCAUACAUUUCUGUUCAUAAUGUCAAUUCCAUCAAUUCCAAGAAAAUUAUUUUUUCAAUAGAGCAUAUGGGGGAAACGAUUUUUGAAUGUCAGAAAAAUACAUUUGAUUGUUUGUGUUUUCCUUUAUGAAUAUUUCUAUCAGUCUUGCUUCUUUCAUAUCCUUAUUUGAAAGGGCUUCUGUCUAUAGAAUUAGGUUAAUGUCUUUUGCACAAUUUCAAGAAUUGCAUUCAUUAAUAUCACAAUAUAUCACCACCCUCUGUUCCAUUGUUGCUGUCAACAUAUACUAUACUAUUUCGAGAAUAUAUAGUUUUCCCAGACAGGUAUCAUAACUUCAUUUUUGCAUUGCAUGAAUUAUUAAUUGGAUGUGUGAAAUGAAGUAGACAGUGUGCUAGCCUUCAAAAAUGUUGGAGAUGGAAAAAGAAAUCAUUGUGAUUCAAAGACCAUCUUAUUUUAAAAGAAUCAUAUUCUGCUCACACAACCUCAGCCAUCAUAUUGUGUUGGAUGUAAGAAGCACGAAUGCAUAUUAAUGUAAUGUAAAUGUUAUUGUGUCAGGACACGGUUGACCCAUAUUAUGCACAAACUUUCAAAGCUAGACUGUAGCAUGUUAUCAUCAGCAGAACUCAACCUGCAGCUAUAAUAUUGUCAUAUUGAAUGAUUUUUUUUUCACAUAUAUUCUGAAACAGCUGUUCAAAAAAAAAAAAAAAAAACUUUGUAUUUGCAAGUGAAAUGAGGCAUUAACAUUAAAAAACUCAAAAUUAAAAACAAAUGUUAUAGACACUUACUAUGCCAUGACAAUAGAGCUGUUCAAUCAUGAUGUCAGUUUAUUUAUUUAUUUAUUUAUUUUUUUUGCAGACCUCGGCAUGGCUUCCCAUUAGAAUUUCGAUUAGUUUUUUUUUUAAUUGCGUUAUAGAUAAAACAAGAAAUAUAAAGCAAUAACAAUAAUGAUAGUAAACUAUAUCAAUAGACAUUGAUGUAUACACAGUCAAACCUCAAAUGUGAAAUUUGCAAAAAAGAAAGCAAAGGUUGAUAUAAGGAGAAUCAGUUGUAAAUUAAGCAUCUUUAUAUUUCAAAUAGUUAUCUCAUAAAUCAAAAACUGCUAACUUAUUUGAAAUUCCUAAGGGGACUCAUGACCUGAAAGUUUUUAGUGUUACAAACAGAACAGUAGCUGAUUUUACAUGGAUUGACUGAAUAAUGACAUUUGCAAUGACAAAAUGCAUCAAAUUUCCAUAAUCAAUAUUUUCUUUCAUUGUCUACAAUAGCAAGUAAAAUAUGGUGUUCAUUGCUGUACCGUCUGUUUCUGAAUUCAGUAUGUGUCAUUUGAAAAAAGCCCAGAGCUCCCAGCAUCAGUCAUAUCCUGUGUCAUAACUGUCACACUGAGCGAUGUAGUAAAGAUGUGUGUUGCAUCAUGGAGUAUAUUUGUUCUGUCUUAACUAAACACCACAUAUACCUAGAAAAGCAACUACUAUGUAGUUACAGUACAAAGAAAGAGGGAAACAUUUUAAUUGAGGGGUUUUCCUGCAUGACUCAGUGGCGAUAUCAUCUAGUACUUUGUUUUUUACUCCACAUGGCAGUGCACUGUUAAUGAAAUACAACAUCAUAUUAAACAGUAAACUAUU